AUGCGACUAACAGAGGCCUAUCACAGGACAGGUGUGAAUCUUGUACACGUUCCGAAUGGGAGGAAGGAUGCUAUCGACAAGGCGAUUUUGGUUGACAUGUUUUUAUUUGCACUGGAUCAUCGCAGGCCUGCAACAAUUUUACUUAUCUCAAGAGACAUUGAUUUUGCGCCUGCUCUUCAUACUUUACGUCAUCAGGGAUACACAAUGAUUGUUGUCAGUCCGUCUUGGGUGAAAGUCUCAUCCACCAUGAGGAACGCAGGCAACUACCUAUGGAAUUGGUCUAGUGUAUGGGGAAAGGAUUGUGCUCCAGGGCAAAACAGCAAUACCUCAUCGAAUUGA